AUGACUACUCAACGGUCAGCUUCGCAGGAUGAAGAUUUACUUCUUCAAGACUUUAGUCGUAAUGUAACAACAAAAUCAUGGAUUUUAUUUAGUGGUAAUGCUGCUGUUGUUUCGGCCAUUCCACUUUGGCUUUUCUGGCGUAUUCAUCAAAUGGAUUUUUCAUCAUAUUUUAUUCAUUUUAUCAUUGGUACCAUUGUUAGUACAUAUUUUCUCAAUUUAGCUUAUCAAAAUAUGAAAUUCAUCUUAAAACAUAAAAUUGCACAAAAACGUGAAGAAGCUGUUAAUCGAGAAAUAUCAAAAAUAUUUGCUAACGAUAAAAAUGCCAACAAGAAAGAUAAAGAUGACCGAGUUUUAACACGUAAAAAUGAAGUAGCUGACUUUGAAGCAACAACCUUUUCAAUCUUCUACAAUAAUUCAUUCUAUCUUGUUUGUCUUAUUGUAUUGUCAUUUUUCGUUUUGAAGAAUUUUUCACCAACGGUUAACUAUUUGUUUUCAGUUGGUUUAUCAACUCUUGUUGUUUUUCUCUUCUCAACUGGACAAAAAUAG